AUGACGAGACUUGUGAGAUCACGGCGCACACAUCACAAAUCGCGCUCGGGAUGCAGUAAUUGUAAGCGGAGGCGUAUUAAGUGUGACGAGAAAAAGCCCAUCUGCACAAACUGCGCCAACCAUGAGGUCGAAUGCACUUUUUCUGCGCGUGAAAGCUCCGAGUUAUCUUCCGCUGCAUCCGGAUCCUUAUCGCCUAGUGAACGGCGUCCUCAAGAAAAAAAGUACCGGUUCCGAACCUCUCAAUAUACAACUGAGAUCUCGAAUAGAACGGCCCAAUCACCAGCCUUAAAGACCACAGAAAUGCCAUAUAAAGAUGUUUCUACUGAAGCGAGCAUGGAAUCCAUCUCAAUGGUUGACCUUCAACUCUUCCACCACUUUCUCGUCUCUACAAUCCCCACCACGGUUGACGACGAUCAUGGGCGCGCUGUCUGGCAGAAUCACGUCGUGCAAUGGGCUUUUGAGUUCCCUUCAAUUAUGCAUCUCCUAUUGGCACUAUCAGCAUUGCACAUGGGUCACGGGAAACCGGCCUUGCGGGUGCAGUAUCUCCAACAAGCCGACGACCAUUUCACAUUCGGAGUCCAAUCCGUCACAGCAGUGCUCUCCGAACUCAACGCAGACACAUGUCAAAAAGUGUAUAUAUCUGCCGUGAUGAUCUGUUUCGCAUACUUUGGACGAGGGCCCCGACCAGGGGAGUAUCUUGUUUUCAGCGACAAUGGCCCCGCGGAAUGGCUGGUUCUCAUGCACGGCGUGAAGUUGAUUUUGGAAUCUCACCGUAAAAAGGUGUUUAGCGGGGUUUUAGAGCCCAAGCCAAGCUCUGACAUCCCAAACAUGAGCCCAUCAAUGCAAAAUGAAAUGCAGGAGUACACCGCACAAGUCCAAGGCCUUCAGCGCCUCGUCGAUAUACAGCAUUCAUGGGACGCGGGAGACCGGGUCAUGUACGUAUCGGCUAUCGACAACCUAACAUCCACCCUGGAAGAAGUAUACCAGAAACGCUCCCUUCACAAGCCAGCCGUUGGUUUAAUGCACAUAUUAAUAGGAUGGCUAUAUCGCCUGCCUCGGGACUUCGUGGCAGAGUUGGAGCGGAAGAAUCCAUUGGCGCUCGUCAUUCUUGCGCAUUGGGCUGGGCUAUUGAAGUAUAUGGAGUCUGUGUGGUUUAUGAGGGGGUGGGGGGAGCAUGUGUUGAAUGGGGUUUGUGCGUUUUUGCCGGCUGAUUUGUUGGGGUGGAUAGAAUGGCCGAUGGAGCGUGUGCAAAAGGAGUGA